AUGGCGGAGAAAGUCUCCCAGUACAGCUCCGUCACAACUCGCCAGCAGAAGCUCCUCUACGUGUUUACGUACAAUCUAGUCAAAGCGUCAGAUCAUUUACAAUCAACUCGACUGCUUCGCUUCUUGCAGUCUGAAGGAGUUCUGAAUGCAAAUCAAGCGAAGGAAGUGAAAGCUCAAGGAUCUCCGACAUCUAGGAGUAUUGUGUUGCUGGAGAGUGUUGGUGCAAAUUGCGAGAGGGAUGGUGGAGUGUUUGACAAGUUUAUUGAGAUUGUAGAUGACAAACAGCCAAGCGUUUUGAAGGAUCACAUGCCUGAUGUGAAGAACAUUAGUGAUGAAGAUUUGGAUAUACUGUAUGGUCGAGUGAAAGCACUUGGCAACCCGUUUCAACCGGAGAGGUCUCUAGGUGAGUUUGGAUCGUACAACCCAUAUGUGACAUCAAGACAAGUUCCAGAAUCUCUAAAAACACCAGACCAGCCUGUGAGAGUUGAGCCACAGUAUGAAGCAAGGGUGCCAGUAGCUGGCUUGAAAGUUCUUUGGAUUACUGAAAUGAAUUCACAGCACGUGGCUGUGUUGAAUGUGUUAAAGAAGAGUUGUGUGACCUUUAACUGUGAUGAUGGAUUGAAGUUGGCGACUGGAUUUUCGUAUAGGGCUUGUCGAGGAGAAGACGGUGGUCUCAUCCAUUUCUACAUCGUUCCUGGGUCUGAGUCAGAACAAGACAUCAUUAGCGCAAGUGAACGUUAUCAUUCUGCAAUGAACUAUCGUCCAUGGACAAAUGAUCUUGACAUCAUCUUACUGACUGGCCACUGCUGGAUUAGCGAAAAGCAAAGCAAGGGUAGUCCAAAAUUGGGAGACAUCUGUGUGGUCAAAAUGGCUCACAGAAUGGAGAAAGGUAAACAAGACACGAGGAAGCCAUCAGCAGGACCAUUUACUCUCGUUGAUCAUGUCUGCAAGAAUAUGCAAAGCACAAAACCAGGGCGAUGGCAAACGUCUGAUGCUGUUAGGAAGAGACCCGAAGUUUCUUAUUACUGGCAAGCGUCAUGGUUAACGAGACUGCAUUAUGAAAUAUGCAGACAAGGAGAUGGAAAGAAACCAAGUCAAUGGCUGAUUAAAACAGGAUAUGACGAGCGCCAUCCAAUUAGUGAUAGGAAUGAAGACAAUGAAGAGAAGCUUGCAAAAAUUCUACCGAACUGGGAUGAUGAUGACAUGACCGUCCUGAAGUAUUGCAGAGAAAGCAAGCUGUGGGAGCCGGAUGCAAAGAAACCAGGAGAGGCGUUUCUGGAACAGGUGAAAACAGAAGUUCGGAUGUCAAAAAAGUUUCCUGUUGAAGAUGUGGAGGUGACGCCAAGGGUCCAUGUUGCACCUGUACUCUCUGGAUUUGAAACCUCAGUCAAGGCAGAGGAGAUGAAGGAGUCUGGCAGUGUUGCAGACUGGACCUCGGUGCACUUCUACAAGCAUGCCAACACUCUUCUCACCGACAAAACAGUCGUGUCUAUCAAAGCUGUUGUUGGCUACACGGGUUUGCCAGGAGAACCACAACUUGAAUCCUACGGUGAUGAGCUCGUCGCCAUUUUUACACUCGAUUUGAUCAAGGGCUUGCACCAGAACCCACGAUUCAAAUAAUAAUUGUAACUUUCAAGUACAAACCAAAAUAUUUGUAUUAAAUUGUUUGAUUACUUGCUGCAGUGCCCAUCAAUCGAUGAGAGUCGUGUGUGUCGCUCACUGCUCAUCCAGCAGCAUUUGCUUGCUACUUUGUAUAUCGACUGGUCCAGUCGUGCCUCCAAAUUCAAACGGCAAAGUGUUUGGUUCAAACUCGUGAUGAAGACUUCUAAAGUCGGUUCCAUACAUGAU